AUGCCACCGCGUGGUAACUCAGCAUCCCCUCCCGAGAUCGUCGUCUCCAUUCUUCACACUUCAUGUCUGCAUCCACACACAAAUACUCUCGCACAAGGACAUCUCACACCUCUCACUCUGCAGAUGAUGGACCCCGAGAAAAGGUUCACAGGACCGGCAAAGCUCGGUGAGGAGCAGCCGAGCGGGUACAUCUCACAACACAAAGCGCUUGCAUAG